UUCUUUUAAUAGUCAAUCAAAGGAAGCAAGCAAUGUUUGUAAAUGUACUUAUUCAUGGACAUCAACGUCCGCGCUAUGUUCCUUUUCGAUUUUAUACACCAUAAAAAUAUUACAUCUCUAUUAGCCAAUCACAGUCCCUAGAAAAUCAUUUAGGAAAUCUCAAGAACUUUUUUUUAUAAACUUCUAUUUCUAGGAUUAAACACAUAAAAAAAUAGCUUCUCCGCGUUUUAUUAAUAGAAAUGGGAAGGAAAAAGAUCAAGAUUCAAAAGAUUCAAGAUGAAAGAAACAGACAAGUCACAUUCUUAAAACGAAAACAAGGUUUAAUGAAGAAAGCCUAUGAAUUGAGUGUACUUUGUGAUUGUGAAAUCGCUUUACUCAUUUUUAAUACCAAUGGAAAACUUGUUCAGUAUGCUAGUACAGAUAUUGAUCAAAUAUUAAUGAAGUACACUGAAGUAAACAUGGACAACAUAAAGACUAUCUACAAUAACCUAACAUAUAUUAUAGUAUAGUGACCCACAUGAAAGCAAGUCAAACCUGGAUUUUAUGAACGGAGACGGGGAUGUAUGGGAAACACAUGAGGAUCAUGAAACAGCAGAUGAAGAAGGAGCAAAUGACGUAUCUAGGUCAAAAGAGGGAUCAUCUGUAUCUGAUAAGCAUUAUCAUCAAACUUCACCACAGCCGCAAUCACAGAUAGCUCAUCACACUCAACAACAACAGCAACAACAA